AUGAAUAUUUUGUAUAAUAUGAAAGCUGCUAGAAAUAAAAAGCUUUUAAAUUAUCUUUUUUUAUAUAAUAUUUUUUCUUGUUUUGGUUGGAUCUCUAUUUUUUUAUAUACAUUUUUCAUUCAGAAAAACUCAUUGAUUGAUUAUCAUUAUAAACAACUCAUAUUUCUUCUUAAAUAUGUCCAGACAUUUUCAGUUUUGGAGAUUGUAAAUGCUUGUUUUGGUAUAACAUCAUCACCUGUUUUUACAACAAUUUUACAAGUCUCUUCACGUCUUCUACUUUGUUGGGGCAUUUUGAAUUUAUAUCCUUCUAUUGUGUUAAAAACUACAGCAUUUUUUUCCAUGAUCUAUGCUUGGAGCAUAACAGAGAUUGUUCGUUAUAGCUAUUAUGCAAGUAAUUUAAAAAAAAAGGCACCUUCUAUGCUUCUAUGGCUUAGAUACAAUCUUUUUUAUAUUUUAUAUCCUUUAGGAACAUCUAGUGAAAUACUACUUAUUUGGAAAACUCUACCAUACAUUGAUCAUGAAAAACAUGUUUAUGCCCUAAUUCUUAAAGGAAUUCUCAUGAUUUACAUUCCAGGCUUUUAUAUCAUGUAUAAACAUAUGAUUUAUCAAAGAAGAAAAUAA